ACAGGGCUAACGCUACAUGAGAGGCACAAACUAGAUUAAGUUCGGUUUAAUGUUCUUCAUAAUCACGAAAAAAUGCAAUAAUGGUAGUUUUGGGGAAAUUGUUAUUUUUAUUAGUAGUAGUAGCCUAGCGUUGUGUCCUGCACUGAAGUCGUAUCACUGAGCUGUUAGGGGAAUAUCAACCUGCCUGGUUUCACUCUCUUGUACUUAAAAUCACGUCAGAGCGGCAGCAGCACUGAGCGGACUGCACCCGGAGCUCAGUCUGAUGCAUGGACGCACGCACACGCACACCAUAUGCCUCAUCACAUUUUAUUAGUUCUUGUACAGUUUGGUGUUUCGGCAUCACUAACAUUGUAGUUUAUCCGUUUUCUGACUCUGAUCUGGGGACAGUUUGAGAAGCCAGCAGCAUCAUGGAGCACAUGUCCUCUCCGGUCAGGUUCCGCAGCAGCAGUAAAAAAGCUGGGACUCUCUCAGAAAAGGAGUUGGCCAGUCUGUCCAUUGAGGACCAGGAGGACACUCAGUUUCCUUACGCCAUGAGGGAUCUGCCUCCCAUCUCUCAGCCUGGAGAACAGCACCAGGCACCAGGCUACCAGGCAGAGGGAACUGAGACAGUAACCAAUGGGAGACUCCCCAGCCUUCCUGGGACUCCCCCUCCGCCACGUCCCAUCCCCUGUCACCCUGCUGGCUCUCCGACAGUCCCUCGCAGACCAAAACGUGUGAGACCCGAUGCAGAGUUUCAGCCCGUGCUGCUGAGGAGGCAGCUCGUCUCUCAGGUGUCUAUGGACUGUCCGCUCAGCCCGGCCUCGCGUCCACACAGCCCCUGGGGACGCUUUGACCCCUAUGACUCUCCAGAGGAUCAGGACAAGGAAUAUGUAGGUUUUGCCACAUUGCCCAAUCAGGUUCAUAGAAAGACAGUGAAGAAAGGUUUCACAUUUACACUUAUGGUGGCAGGGGAGUCUGGCCUCGGUAAAUCCACAUUAAUCAACAGUUUGUUCCUCACGGACCUGUACAAAGACAGGAAGGUCCCUAAUGCACAAGAACGGAUCAAUCAAACAGUUGACAUCAUCAAACACGCAAUUAGCAUUGAGGAGAAAGGAAUCAAAUUGAGGCUCACCAUCAUAGACACACCAGGGUUCGGUGAUGCCAUCAACAACACAGAAAGCUGGAAGCCAAUAGAAGACUACAUCGACCAGCAGUUCGAACAGUACUUCAGAGAUGAGAGUGGGCUGAACAGAAGGAACAUCCAGGAUAACAGAGUCCACUGCUGCCUCUACUUCAUCUCUCCAUUUGGCCAUGGGCUUCGACCACUGGAUGUUGAGUGUAUGAAGGCCUUGCAUGAAAAAGUCAACAUAGUUCCCGUAUUGGCCAAAGCUGACAGCAUGACACAAGCAGAGGUCCUCAGAAAGAAGAUGAAGAUCAGAGAGGAGAUCAAGGAGUUUGGGAUCAACAUCUACCAGUUUCCCGACUGUGAUUCAGAUGAGGACGAAGACUUUAAGAGACAGGACCAAAUACUGAAGGACAGCAUCCCAUUUGCAGUAAUUGGGAGUAAUGUUCAGGUGGAGAGUAACGGUCGCAAGUUCAGGGGUCGUGUCUAUCCCUGGGGUGUGGUGGAAGUGGAGGACCCGGCUCACUCUGACUUCCUGCUGCUGAGGAACAUGCUGGUGAGGACGCACAUGCAGGACCUGAAGGACGUGACGCGGGAGACGCACUACGAAAACUACAGAGCCCAGUGCAUCCAGAACAUGACGCGCAUGGUUGUGCAGGAGAGGAAACGCAGUUUGCGUGAGAAGUAUCGAGAGGUGAGCGAGGCAGAAUUUCCUCUGCCGCUGGCCGCUGUUGACACCGAGAGGGAAAGACAAAUCUUUGAGAAGGACGAAGAGCUGAGGAGGAUGCAGGAGGUGUUGGAGAGGAUUCAGGAGCAGAUGCAGCACAGCCAGAGAGGUGGCUGCUGAUUCUCCCAUAAUUCUCAAGAGGGAGGAGACGAACAAGGAGCGCCCAGGAACACAGAGGAGGCCCUGUUUAUGAAGCCCGAUGAUCAAAAAGAGAUGGAACUUGUAUAAAAAGGAAAUCAGCCAUUUUGCAUUCAGUUCCUUUUCUGAUUGCUGUUCCCCAGCACAAGUUAAAGUGUGCGAGGCUGGAGUCGUGGUUCUCGAGGAUACACGUAAACGUUUCUGUGGGUCUACACACAGAGGGGUGUUAUGGCUAAUUGUGGGUUGCCCAGGCUUGGAAAGGAGCAUCGAGCAAGCUGAUUGGCUGAUCCAACUCCUGUCAGAAGGCCGAAUUUGAAGCGACAAAAUAAAAUAAAAAAAACAUGUGAACUUCACAUAUUCACAGGCUCAGUGUUGUGUUCAAGAGCACGUCAGCAGGUCACAGGUGGAUUGAUUCUGUGAUUUUCAGGUAUGAGUCACUCCAUCCGAAGACAAAGUUGCUCUGCUGCUGCAAUUAAUGACUUUUAUUCCAUUUGUUUUAUUAUGUGUUUCAGGAGGUCUCUUUGAUUAGUAACCUUGAUAAUGGUGUAACACUGCCAUCUAGGGGUCAUUGUAGUGAUGUUAACGUUGGGUUUUAAAUCUGUAAACUACAUUUUUCAUGUUUUAUUACUUAUGAGUCAAAUGUUUCUCUUUUUUUGUAUUUUUAAAUUUUGCUGUUUCAUAAGGACAAGAAAGUAAAAAAAAAUCAAUAAAAAAGCUUUCUAACUGCAGUUUAUUUCUGCUUAUAUUUUUACACAAGGCCAUUAAACACAGGAGCAAGAUGUGUUGUAAAUGUAAUAAGAUUUAUUAAGAAUCUUUAUUAUUUCAUCAGCAUAAUUCUUCAUCAUUAAUAUGUUUUAUCCAUCAUCAUCAUUGUUAUCUUAAACAGUGGACAGUUCGAUCUAAAAGGCAGCCCAAAGUGUACAGGCGAUAUAUAACUUAAAACUUUCUCCAUAGGGAAAACAUGUUUUUAUAUUCAUAUAUAAUAUCAAUGUAGCAUGAGGUCCAAGAUCCUGCCCACGUUAUACAGUAUUGUACAUGGUCCCAAAAAUAAACAGAAAAACAAAACCUUUAAAACAAAAGAAUCUAAACAGCAAUCUACAUGCAAAACAAAACCAAAAAGGAACAAGCAUUUAAAAUUUGAAGAUACAUCCACUCAUAUGCCAAAACGUGCAUACAAUCACAAAUUUACAAAACUUUCAUACAUACGUACAAAUAUUACAAAACUCAAAUUGAAUAUUAGACAUUAUUAUGUUAUCAGGAAAAGAGCAACAACUUUUUUUUGUUUUUUUACUUUUUCCAUUCCAGGUCUCAGUCCAACUCACAAAUAAAAAAAAAAAUAAUAAAAAAAACCCAAUUAGGACAGUAAAUCUUUGUCUCUUCCAUCCGCUCAAUGUGUACGUGUUUUGCCAGAGUUGUCACAGUGUUCAGGAAAACUGAGUAUAGGCACACACGAUAGCACCCAAACAGGCUCAUACUAUAAAUCACCUCUGUGUAAAAAAAUAGCCUGCUUGCCACACACACACACACACACACACACACACCAUCAUGCACAGGGCAAAGUGUAUAACCAAAAAACAGAGCCAUGCUACAGGUACAGUAGGAUUAACUAUAGUACAGAAUAUAAAACAUAUUGAAUACAGUCACAUACAGACAUAACAUACAGAAACAGCAGAAGUGGCAAGGAGCAAAUCCACGCAACAUUGACUACAAACACAGAUGGGAGAUGUUAUGGCCUGACAUGUAUAGGCUGGCAAGAAGGCUGUGAAGCCAUGAACGUUUUGAGUAUGUGCACAUAAACACAGACAUAAACACACAAAAAGACACACACAAAGAAAAGCGGGUGUCACAACACAUUUUCCAUUUUGAAAUUAAAACUCAAACUGAUUUUCUUUUAGCAGAGGAUUCAGCUUGAUGUUCGACUGGACAACAUCACUGUCAAAAAAAGGUCAUGUGUCGCUGCCAAAUUAUUCUUCACAAAACUGCAAUAAAAUGCAAACUGAUCUUAGGUCUGAACAAUACUUUUCCCAUUCUUUUUCAUAUUUUGCUAUAUCCAAACUUUAAGACCUGUCAGUGAGAAAACUGUUUCUACCCUAGUUUGACAAAGAAAAAUCUUAACUCAAGCUCCACUUAGUAGCUUUUCUGGAGCUUUCAUCCACAUCUCACAGUUGGAGUUUGUCACGUGACCAAAGUUCCAUACUGUAUGCAUUGUAAUGCAGUAUGAACCUUCAGGAUUAUUAAGUUAAGAUGCUUUUCCCCCCAAGGUCAAGAAUGAAUUUUUUUACACUGUAAUUUUUUCCAGAUUUUAAAAUCCUGUGCAGGAACUUUGUGUUGUGCCCCAAAUGUGGUGUGAGAGUAAAUUGAGUCUGGGAUGAGGCAGCAGAGGGAGCUGUUGCAUUAGUCAAGAGGGUGAAAACCUGUAUUGCCCUACAGAGUGUUAAGGGGACAUCACUGCGCACAAGAGGAAAGCCUGUCACUGAAUGUUUUGAGAGCAGUUACAGGCGGUUGUACGGGAUGACAACAAAAACACAAAUUUCAGGCAUUUGCAAAAAGCAGACAACUUUACAUGUGGAUUCUUGUUCAGCACUGCGACAUUACCGCUCUCCAAACAGUCUAUUACAGUCCUCGAUUGGUUUGAAAACAUGAUCGUACCUGAUGAAAAGCCGAUGUAAUACACACACAAACACUGUUGGGAGUUUUGGAAUGAUUCUUAGCUGCUUUCCUGAAAACUUAUAAAGCCUCUCUGCCUCAAAAAUCACCCUCGAGUACGAAGACUUGAUAGGAAUCGAUGUUCCUUAAAUGACCAAUCUGUUGGUGUACGAGUAGAUUUGAUUUCUCACAGUGAAAUCUUGUCAGGUGUUGUCCAUAACUCUGUACAUUGUGUGCAGAAAUCAAGAAGAAUCAAAUCAAUCUGACAGCCUUUCACAUUACUGCUAUUCUUUCAAAAGCCCUUAGAGGAGAGCUGACAUUUAAUUCUGACCAAGCUUUAAGGUAAUCACAUCAAAACCGGAGUGCACCAUCUUUAUACAUCUAACUGACUGCUUGAAUUACUUUUUCAAACUGUUGGGAAAAUCCUAUUUUCCAUCUUUCUGACUGCUUGUUGCUCUACUUUUAAAUCUGUGGUUUGGUGGUUUCCUACAAGGAAAUCCCUUGUCUGUGUAAUAACCAACAGGCAAAGGUCAUGUUGUCUCUAGACAUGACUUCUCCACAAGGCCAGUAAAAACAAAUGCUACUGUAUGUUAAGCAAACCAAGCAAUCCUUGCACUAUUUCUUCCCCUUUAACCCUGCCCCUCAUUUCUGGAGUUGCUCAGUAUUUUUAGGGACACUCCACUGUUGUUAAAAAAGAAAGAAAGCCAUAAAAA